AUGGCACUGAUCACCGUCCAGCAGGUCACAGGCAAAUCCCACCUACUCCUUGUCCUUCCUCCCCCAGAUCAGGAGCUAAGGAUGGAGACCAGGAAGGACAAAUCCCUGCACCAGAACCUCAUGGAAGAGGCCGUUUUGAGCAACUCCACAGUGCAGGAAUCCAACAGGGAGGAAAAGCCCUGGAGAUCUCACAGGAGGAGGGGCUGCAAGCCCAGCCCAGGAUGCUCUGAGGAGGAAAGACCCACUCUGGGCCAGGAAGGUGGGCAGAGCUUCAGCCAGAGCUCGGAGCUGGUGGUCCCUGAGCAGCCUUCUGAUGGGGAGAAGCCCUACAAGUGCUUGGAGUGUGGGAAGAGCUUCAGCUCCAACUCUCACCUUGUCAGCCACCAACACAUCCACACCGGGGAAUGGCCCUACGAGUGUGGGGAAUGUGGGAAGGGCUUCAGAUGGAGCUCCGACCUCAUCAUCCACCAACGCAUCCACACUGGGGAGAGGCCCUACAAGUGUCCUGAGUGUCAGAAGAGGUUUCACACCGGCUCUGGUCUCCUCAGACACCAGCGGAUUCACACGGAUGAGAGGCCUUUCCGCUGCCCUGACUGCAGGAAGGGCUUCAAGCACAACUCCACCCUCGUCACACACCAGCGCAUCCACACCGGGGAGAGGCCCUACAUGUGCCCCACCUGUGGGAAGGGGUUUAACAGCAGCUCAGAUCUCCUCCGGCAUGAGCGGAUUCACUUCGAGGAGAGGCAUUUCCUCUGCCCCGACUGCGGCAAGGGCUUCAAGCAAAAGUCCAAUCUUGUCAGCCACCAACACAUCCACACUGGGGAGAGGCCCUACUUGUGUCCCCAGUGUGGGAAGAGCUUCACCUGGAGCUCUGACUUGACCAAACACCAACAGAGCCACCAGUAA